AUGAACGGAACCAUGAUCCAAUUUAACUUCGCAGUGAAUGAAUUUCUACCGUUACUCUUUUAUAAACCCACAUGGUUACAGCACGUAAAUCGUUCACCAAUUUUGCUGUUAGCACUAUGCAUAUGUGCGGUAUGUCAAGGUUCAAUUGUGAAUGGUUUUAUAUCGACAAGUAUCUCAUCGCUCGAGAAACGAUUCAAUUUAUCAAGUACACAGUCGGGUCACAAGGGUCGAGUGAUUGCAACGGGCAUGGUCUUGGUGGCCAUCGGCUCAUUCUUGCUCAUAUUACCGCAUUUUCUGGCUGGUAAUUACACUGUUGGUGAGGAACACCAUAACGUUUGCUUGAAUGACAAUUAUAAUAACAAUAACAACCACAAGCAGCAACAUUCGUUCUCAACUGCCGAUGAUGUUAACUCAUGUUCAGCUGAUGAUCACACGAACUCAGUUAACUCAAUAUGGUUUUAUAUAUUGCUAUCUUCACAACUUUUCAUCGGCAUCGGUGCAGCUCCUCUAUUUACUCUGGGCAUUUCGUAUCUGGAUGAGAAUGUCUCACAGAACAGUGUCACUUUAUACCUUGGUAUUUAUAUGGCUAUGUCGACUGUUGGACCAGCGAUUGGUUUCAUUGUUGGAGGGCAACUAUUGAAAAUUUGGGGUGAUAUUGGCAAAACUGAUUAUAGAGACCUGAAUAUAAGUGGUACGACAGAUCCGAGAUGGUACGGUGCUUGGUGGAUCGGGUUUGCAGUGGCAGCCAUUCUUAGCAUCCUAUCAGCUAUACCGCUCUUCGGUUUCCCGAAAGAGCUUCCCGGUAUAAUCGUAGUACCAAUGGGCUUAUUUGGUAGUUUAUUUGGAGCUUAUAUGGCCAAAAGGACGUUGCGCUUCCAACCGACAAUAUUAUUAGCGAUUAUAUUCAACAUUUUCGCACUAUGUCUCUCAUUCGUUUUCUUUGAUCAAUGUGAACAACGGCCUUUUGCCGGUGUUACGUAUUCCUACACCGGAGUUGUCUCGUUUGAUACUCGUGACGUUGCAAUUGGCUUAACAUGGUUAUUUAUGCGUAUUUUUGUAUGCGGCAUUCAUAUAGGUUCUAUACCUGGAGCGAUAAUAUUUGGAUUUGCAAUUGAUCGAACAUGUAUUUUAUGGAAAGAAGAAUGUGGAGUGCAACAAUCGUGCCUCAGAUACGAUUCUUAUGGCCUUUCAAGAUCAAUGGUCAUGUUCGGUAUCAACUUUCAUUUCAAAUUUCGCAGCAAAACAAUAACAUCAAGAAUAAUGAUCAUGAACCCUUCCACAUGA